AGAUUAAUUUGAGCUGGAAAGCCUAAGGCGAAUCAUUUCAGCCUUUCCGGCGGCGCGGAGCGGAAUCGCAGAAGCCAAGAAGACCGCAAAGGACGGCUGCACCCUCUGUAGUUGCUGGACCGACGACAAUAAUCGCUAAAAUCCAGUAGCCGCUGCCCAGAAACUAGUGCCACGAUCCUAUUACCAUUUACCUAGAAGCAAGCCCCCUAUUGAACUCAGUGAGACUUAAUUCUGACCAGAGAUUAUUAGGAUUGCGCUGUGAAUCACUGACGGGGUCACGCGCAAAAGUAUUGCCCAGUCCUUCUACUUUGAGGUUGACUGAGGAUUCCUGAUUGGCUGGAAGCAGCAGUGCCUCUUUCUUGCUGCGACUUAAAGGGCAGACGGGACGAGCCGGUGUGGUGUGUGUAGGCGUUGUCUCCCUAAAAACAAGAUGGAAACGCGAGUGGUUUUCCCCCACUUGUCCAUCAGGGCUGGCGAAUGCAUCAAAGUGAAGGGGAAAGUGGCAUCGGAUGCCAGGAGUUUUGCCUUCAACCUGGGUCGGAACGAUUCAGACCUGAUCCUUCACUUCAACCCUCGCUUUGAGAGCCACGGAGACAGCAAGAUCAUUGUAUGCAACUCCAGGACAGCGGGAGAGUGGGGUUCGGAGUUGCGGGACUCGGCGUUCCCCUUCCAGCAGGGGGAAGAGGCCAAGAUCUGCGUCUCCUUCAAUGGCGAGGAAGUGACGGUGAACAUGAAUGGGAACCAGGAGGUCAAGUUCCCCAAUCGGCUUGGGCUGGCGUCCGCAGAAUACUUCUCGGUGGAGGGAGACUUCAAUAUCAAAUCUGUCAAGAUUGACUGAACUGCACCCAUGCCUUCUGCGUGCAUCUCUUCUGGAAAACUUGGAAAUAAAUGUUACUUGACCUCUA